AUGGCGAAAUCAAGAAAACAAAAACGCCGAGAGCGUGCGAAACGAGAGCUGGUUCAAUACGCUACUUUUGAGUGUGCUGUCUGCCUAGAGACCUCAGACUGCUCCACCGGCAUCAGCAUACUCGAGGAUCAGGUCUGCACGCCCUGCUUCGUCGAGGAGAUCAUACCGCAGUUCCACACUGCUGAACGGACUGAAUCGCAGUAUCCCGUCAAAUGGGGCGGCAAAGAAGUCAAGCUCACACCUUAUCGGUUGUAG